AUGACGGAUCCCCCCGAAAACAAGGAACCUCGGCCACAGGACCCGACCUUGAAUGCCCGUGCCGAGGCCUCGCUGCCCAGCAACCCCAGCAGCGAAGUAUUUAGCGAACCGUCUGUCGAUGACAAGCCGGGUUGUGGCGUCGUCAAGACGGAGAGUGUACGGGAUGACGACGACGACGACGACGACGACGACGACGACAAGGAAGCACAUGGCAAUGGCCAUGGUCGAGGCCUCGACUUGACGACGAGUUGUGCAACCGACGCCAGUGCCACGACAGAUGCCGUGUCCCGUGCCGCCGGGGAUGCCACCGACACCAGUCGGAAGCCGUGGUACCGAAAGGUGAACCCGCUGCGUUGGGGUGGCGUUCCCGAGGUGCCGGCCGAACGCAUCGUCUCGCGCGAGCACAAGGCUGGUUUCUGCAGCCAACUGACGUUUCAAUGGAUGACACCACUGAUGACGACUGGAUACAAACGCCCGCUCGAGCAGAGCGACAUCUGGGCCGUCAACCCGGACCGCGCCGUCGAGCCCCUCACCGUCAAGGUGCGAGACGCCUUCCAGCGACGCAUCGACAAGGGGCAAAAGAACCCGCUGCUGUACGCUCUCCACGACGCCUUCCGCUUCGAUUUCUGGCUCGGCGCCGUCUGCGCCUUGCUGGGCACCGUCCUGCAGGUUCUCUCGCCCUUCACCCUCCGCUUUCUGAUCCAGUUCGCCACCAACGCCUACCUCGCCCAGGCCUCCAACACCCCCGCGCCUCCCAUCGGCCACGGCAUCGGGCUGGUCCUCGGCAUCACGGCCAUGCAGAUUGUCCAGAGCUUCUGCAUAAGCCACUUCAUCUACCGGGGCAUGCUCGUCGGCGGCCAGGGCCGUAGCGUUCUCAUCGGCAUGAUCUACGAAAAGGCCAUGGUCAUCUCCGGCAGGGCCAAGGCCGGCGGUGCGCGAGAGACGCUCGUGCCCGAAGAGGAGGGCGGCCAGGAGACGACGGACGAAAAGGGCGGCCGGCGCGAGGAGGCAAACGAGGACAAAAAGGUCAACGACAAACAGGCCAACGACAAACAGGCCAACGACAAACAGGCCAACGACAAAAAGGCCAACGACAAAAAGGCCAACGACAAAAAGGCCAACGACAAAAAGGCCAACGACGACAAGGACGGCGUCGGCUGGGCCAACGGUCGCAUCGUCAACCUCAUGAGUGUCGACACCUAUCGCAUCGAUCAAGCUUCGGCGCUCUUCCACCUGACCUGGGCCUCCCCCGUCGCCACCCUCGUCACCCUGGUCCUGCUGCUCGUCAACCUGACCUACAGCGCCCUUGCCGGCUUCGGCCUGCUCGUCGUCGGCGUGCCCGCGCUGACGCGAGCGAUAAGGAGUCUGUUCCGCCGGAGAAAGGCCAUCAACAAAAUCACCGAUCAGCGCGUCUCCUUGACCCAGGAGAUUCUGCACUCCGUCCGCUUCGUCAAGUAUUUUGGAUGGGAGGAGGCCUUCAUGGGCCGCUUGGGCCAGUUCCGCGCCAAGGAAAUCCACGCCAUCCAGGUCUUGCUGGCCAUUCGAAAUGCCAUCAACGCCGUCAGCAUGUCGAUGCCCAUCUUCGCCUCCAUGCUUUCCUUCAUCACCUACUCCCUGACCAAUCACGACCUCGCUCCGGCCCAAGUCUUCUCCUCCCUCGCCUUGUUCAACGGUCUCCGCAUCCCGCUGAACCUUCUUCCCCUCGUCCUGGGACAGGUUACCGACGCUUGGUCGUCGCUCCAGAGAAUCGAGGCCUUCCUCGCCGAGGAGGAGCAGGAGGAAGACCUGAUUCUGAGCCCGCAUGCCGACGCCGCCGUCGAGCUGAUCGACGCAUCCUUCACCUGGGAGAGAACCCCUACGCAGGACCCGGACAGGGGCAACGUUGCCGGUGCGGCCAAGGCCGAGAAGGCUGCGGCGACCGAGGCGGGCACCGACGACGACGCUGUCCGCUCGGCAUCCUCGAAAGGCGAUGCUUCCGGUGCCCCUUCGGACCGGCGAGAGGCCUUCGGCAUCCGGGACUUGAGCUUCAAGGCCGGUCGGAACGAACUCAUCGCCGUCAUCGGAACGGUUGGAAGCGGCAAGAGCUCUCUGCUUGCCGCCUUGGCUGGGGACAUGCGCAAGACGAAUGGCGACGUCGUCUUUGGUGCCUCGAGAGCCUUCUGUCCGCAGUACGCUUGGAUACAGAACACGACGCUGCAGAGCAACAUCACCUUUGGCAAGAAGCUCGACAGGCCGUGGUACAAUCGAGUCAUCGACGCAUGCGCCCUGCAAGCCGACCUCGACAUGCUGCCUCAUGGCGACCUGACCGAAAUCGGCGAGCGAGGCAUCACCAUCUCCGGCGGCCAAAAGCAGCGCCUGAACAUUGCCCGCGCCAUCUACUUUGACGCCGACGUUGUGCUCAUGGACGAUCCUCUGAGCGCCGUCGACGCGCACGUGGGGCGUCACAUCUUCGACAACGCCAUCCUCGGCCUCCUCAAGGACAAGUGUCGCAUCCUCGCCACCCACCAGCUGUGGGUUCUCUCCCGCUGCGACCGCAUCGUCUGGAUGGAGGCGGGCAAGAUCCGAGCCGUCGACACCUUUCCCAACCUCAUGCGAGACCACGAGGCCUUCCAGGCGCUCAUGGAAACGACGGCGGUCGAGAAGAGCGGCGAGGACGACGACGACGAGGAAGCCCAGCCCGCAAACGCCGAGGCGGAGACGAAGAAGAAGGGGAAGAGCAGGAAAAGCGCCGCCCUGAUGCAGCAGGAGGAAAAGGCCCAGGCAAGCGUCCCCUGGUCCGUCUAUGGCGCGUACGUCCGCGCCUCGGGGUCCAUGUGGAACGCGCCCCUCGUUCUCGUCAUCCUCGUCCUCUCCCAGGGUGCCAACAUCAUGACGAGCCUGUGGCUCUCCUACUGGACCUCGGACAAGUUUUCUCUUUCCACGGGCGUCUACAUUGGCAUCUACGCCUCGCUCGGUGUCCUUCAGGCCCUGUUGAUGUUCCUCUUCUCCGUCCUCCUCUCCAUCCUCGGCACGACGUCCUCCAAGGUCAUGCUGCGCAGGGCCGUCACCCGCGUGCUUCGCGCUCCCAUGUCGUUCUUCGACACGACGCCCCUGGGACGCAUCACGAACCGCUUCUCGCGAGACGUCGACGUCAUGGACAACAACCUGACGGACGCCAUCCGCAUGUACUUUUUCACCCUCGCCAUGGUCACCGCCGUCUUCGCCCUCAUCAUUUCCUUCUUCUACUACUUCGCCAUCGCCCUCGUCCCCCUCUACGUCCUCUUCAUCUUCGCCGCUUCGUACUACAGGGCGUCGGCCCGCGAGGUGAAGCGGUUCGAGUCCGUCCUGCGGUCCCACGUUUUCGCCAAGUUCAGCGAGGGCCUCAGCGGCGUCGCCUCCAUCCGCGCGUACGGGCUGAAGUCGCAGUUCGUCGACGAGCUCCGAGGGUCGAUUGACGAGAUGAACAGCGCGUACUACCUCACCUUUUCGAACCAGAGGUGGCUGUCCAUUCGUCUCGACAUGAUCGGUGCCGCCCUCGUCUUCACCGUCGGCGUCUUGGUCGUCACGUCUCGCUUCGCCGUGAACCCUUCCAUCGGCGGUCUCGUGCUGAGCUACAUCCUUUCCAUCGUCCAGCUGUUGCAGUUUUCCAUCCGCCAGCUCGCCGAGGUGGAGAACGGCAUGAACGCCGUGGAGCGCAUCCACUACUACGGCACCGAGCUAGAGGAGGAGGCACCGCUGCGCACGGUUACCUUGCGCGAAAGCUGGCCGGAGAAGGGAGAGAUUGUGUUUGAAGACGUUCAGAUGAGGUAUCGCGAGAACCUGCCCUUGGUGCUGCGGGGGUUCACCGUGCGCGUCCGUGGCGGCGAGCGUCUCGGCAUCGUCGGUCGUACAGGUGCCGGCAAGAGCUCCAUCAUGAGCACGCUCUUCCGCCUCGUCGAAAUAUCCGGGGGAUCCAUCGCCAUCGACGGGCUCGACAUUGCCACGGUCGGCCUGCACGACUUGCGCUCUCGACUCGCCAUCAUCCCGCAGGAUCCGACCCUCUUCCAGGGCACCGUCCGCAGCAACCUGGACCCUUUCAACGAGCACACCGACCUCGAGCUCUGGUCGGCCCUGCGGCAGGCCGAUCUCGUGCCGGCGGAAGCUUCGUUGGAGGACGGUCAGGCGGAUCCCUCGCGCAUCCACCUCGACUCUGUCGUCGAGGAGGAUGGGCUCAACUUCUCGCUGGGACAGCGACAACUCAUGGCCCUGUCGCGCGCCCUCGUGCGUGGCUCGCAAAUCAUUGUCUGCGACGAGGCAACCUCGUCGGUCGACAUGGAGACGGACGACAAGAUCCAACGCACCAUGGCCACAGGCUUCAAGGGCAAGACCCUUUUAUGCAUCGCCCAUCGGCUGCACACCAUCGUCGGCUACGACCGCAUCUGCGUCAUGGACGCGGGCCGCAUCGCCGAGCUGGAUACCCCCCGCGCGCUGUGGGAACAGGGCGGCAUCUUCAGAGGCAUGUGCGAUCGAAGCGGAAUCCGCGUAGAGGAUAUUGAUAGUGCCAGGGAGAGCAUGACGGUUUUGGAUGCAGCGGGAGAAUCGAGCGGGAUCUGA